AUGGAGCCAAACAAUCUUUACAGAGGUCCGAACCCAUCGAUCCAGUCAAUGAAGGCGAGAGAAAUGGUCGAUCAACAAGUUAGUGGUGAAUCUUCGAGCAAAGAUUAUCCUCUUCCUGUCGAUCCUUCUAGCAAAUGUGCAUUUGAUCAUUUGACAGAGUCGCAAGCUUCUGUUGGCGGUUGUGUCCCCGGAUCUAAUGACUGGAAACCAGUUGAGGGACGAGGCUCCAAAAUUUUGGAAGAUUCAGACAUCGAAAUGGAUAUGGGAGUUACAGGCCAUGGAAGUGGUGAACAAAUUGACGUGGUUAUUGAAAGUGUUAAACCACGAGUUCGAUUACCGGUAAUGACGCAAGGAAUUCUCAAUUCCGUAGCCAUUACACAACUUCAAGAUGAGCUUGAGGAUGUCAAGAGAGAGCUAGAUAAGCAGAAAGCAACAUCUGUGCCAUCAAAGGAUGAAAUCAUUCUACCAAAGAGAAUGGGUCUGACGCAAUUGAUGGAAAUGUUUCCAGCAGUGGGAGAUCAGAUCAAUGCUAAGAUGGACCAGAAGUUGAGUGAUGCUCAUAAAGAGUACGAGAUGAAAUUCAAGAGGUUGCAAGAUGAACAUAAUGACGAGCUUUUGAGAAUAGGAGCAGUUGUAGGCGAGACGGAAUCAAGACUAGACGAUGCUGAAGAGAAGUUGAGGGGUUUGGCAGGAUCUGGUCAGAGAUACUCAAAUGAGUUGCUUGGUAAUGUCUUGCCUGGCAUUCAGAACUCUCAUGGACCUGCAAGAAACACUAUCAAUAGCAGACAAUACCCCAAUCCAGCCGCACAGAGUGUCAACUGCCAAGCUCCACAAGAGUUUGUUUUUGGUUCUCCUACCGCUCUCACAAAUCCUUUCCGAAACAAUGGAUUGGCAAGUGGGGAUGCUUCUUCUACCCCUUUUACAAACCCUUUCCGAAACAAGGGAUGGACGACCGGCGAUGGUCAAAAAAGGGGAUGCGAUGAGGCUAUUCAACCUGAAGUCGGCAGAGAUGUCAAGAGAGUGAAGAGAGAGCAGUUAUAA